CUUUGGGCACAUUGUAGGAGGCUUUAAGCUGGCACAAACUGGGAGCAAAGAGAAAGUUCAAGGGGAACUCGCUGACACAGUGUUUAGAGCUUUGGGUUGCAGCUGCCGCCCAGGAAGUGGUUGCGGCUGUGUCUGGAGAGUGCUGCAACCCCACCCAGAGCCUCUGAGAAGCAGACCUCGCACCUCCUCUCAAAGCAAACCGGAAGACGCUCGAACCAAAAGAAGCCGAGCUGAGUGGCGUUGGGUGAUGUCGGUCGUUAAGGAUCUGGCUGUCUGGGAGCCUGCGGGGGUCGUGAACCCCAACCCCGGGCACAGCAGACAUUUCUAGGGUGUGGCCAGCGCAGGCUUUGAGCUGGGGGACCUGAACGGUGACCCACGACCCUGAGAGCUGAAGGGAAAGUGACCUUCCCCCGCUUCCCUGGGGAUUUCCUAGCAGAGACCAACUACACCUGCUCCAUGGAGUGACUCAGAGCAGGGCCUGGGCUGCCAUUUCUCUUGGGUGUAGACCCUCCCAGUUCAAGUGGGAGUGAAGCCGGGGGCCGGAGAGCCUUGACCACAUCUGGGAGCGGAGCGACCAGAAGGAAAAGAAGAAAAACUGGAAGCCUCUGCAAAUAUGAGUGAUUUUUGGCACAAGCUGGGCUGCUGCGUAGUCGAGAAACCACAACCGAAAAAGAAGAGGAGGCGAAUUGACCGUACUAUGAUAGGGGAGCCAAUGAAUUUUGUACACCUGACGCACAUCGGAUCAGGUGAUAUGGCAGCUAACGAGGGCCUUCCUAUGACAGGCGCUGUUCAAGAGAUGAGAUCCAAAGGCGGACGGGAGAGACAAUGGAGUAGCUCCAGAGUUUUGUAGCUCUAGAAGUGGAGUGUAGCAACAGAGUGUUCCAGGCUACAUCAACAGCCCACACUUGAAUUGCCUGUUUGCCAGACAGGCGGAAAUACAAAUAUUUAGCGCUUUAUUCACUCAAUAACUUAUGCAAACUGAUCCCAAACUUUGAUUUUUUUUUUUUUUACAUGUUUUCUCAGCAUCUAAUAAGUUUCAUUGAAAGUGCAAUGUGGGUUUUUUCUUUUUUUAAUACUGAAAGCUCCUCUCCUAAUGGCUCCCCCCAGUGUGAAUCCCAGCAGCUUGUGUUUUGCGGUUGUUGUUCGUUUUUUUUCAGAGCUCUCUAACUCUAUUCCUGACUAUAAGCACAAAAAUAACAGCCAAGCACCAGUCUAUUCAACAGUCUUUCAGCGCUGCCGUGAAGAAUCAAAAAUCAGCCCAUGAAACUGUCAGAGCAUCGCUUGGUCCCACCUUCAGUGGGAGGGGAAAGGACACUGCUAAAACAUGUGCUGGUCUUCAAGCUAUACGAUUUCCUCUUUGGAAUUUGAUCCAAUUUAGGGGCUGAUGAUCAGGAUCGCUGUCAGAGCAAAACACUCGUUUAACACCAAUGUGUUCGGCUUAACUGGUUUUUAAUAGAACCAGAAAAUAUUGAUGUCCAUGGCUCUACGCAACUUAAUGAGCCGAGCUUUAAGAUGGGAAUAUUCGUGAGCGAUAGAGGGUCUAGCUGUUCGAGAGCGGAACUCCCGAGUGCUAAUCCUGCCUCUGACUUAGAUUCCUCUUGCAGCUUGGUCUUAAGUGCUUUCCCGAGUCAAGGCCUUAGGCCUACGUUUUAAAAGGUCUCCACCAAUUUUGGGUGCCCAACUUGGAGGCACCUCGGGGGCUGAUUUUCACAGGUGCCAAGCUUCUGAAGUUCGGGGACGUGGCCCAGCUGAAAAUCAGGCUCUUGAUGUCGCAAGUUGAACACCCAAAGUUAGUAGACUAUUUUUCAAAAGGGUGGCCUCCCUGCCUCAGUUUCCCCAGCUCAUAAUAACGUGCCUACCUCACAGGGAUGUUGUGAGGAUUAGCAUUCUGCAAAGAGCUGUCUGUGCUAUAUAACAGGACUUUUAGAAGGAAUGGAUUUACCCAGUGGUCUCGAUACUUCUUCAGGUGCACGAUGAAAUGCACAACACAGCAAUCAACAGCGUACUUAGGAGGACAUAUUAAUGGCCAAUAUCUUCAGAACUGAAUAGCGAUCUUCAGGGCCUCAGUUUGGAGACACCUUAAUGUGGCUUGAUUUUCAGAAAGCGAGGCGCGCCUCUGAAAAACAGCCCCUUUAAAAUCCUAAGUCACUUUUGAACAACUUUGGCCUGCGGCUUUAAGACCUGUCUCAUGCAGUGUGUGGAACAGUUUUCUGUGACGAGACCAGUCCUGUAAGAGGUGAUGCGUAUAAACUACAGUCAUGGUUGAAAGGGGAUCUUCCUCCAUAUUUCUGUUAGAGAUGCCAGUGUGGUACAAACACACACAUAGGUGGGUUUUUUGUUUCCGUUUUAAGACAGAAAGCUAAUUUAGAAGUCCUCAGCUAUAUCUCGGCAGUACUGUUCUAAUACUGUGGAAAUACACAAUAGCCCCGGAGACAAACCCCUAAAGGUGAAUUGCCUAGCGAUGAUUCAGUAUCACGCCGCAAACACGUCUGAAGAAUUACGGUUACUACCUCUUUCUGAUUGAGGUGUCCUCCAGGAGAGAGCAUCCGUCUUCACGAAACUCUACCUGCAAUAUGUUUCCUCUAAAGUGUACUCAUGCCAGGAACUGAUCCCAUCCAAAGUCACUGUGGAUACAGUCAGAAUUGUUCUCUUAAGGCCCAGUCCAAAGCCUGUUGAUGAACAGGAGGACAGCCUGUUGGCUUCAAAGAGCUAUGGAGCAGGCUUUUAAUAAUGUGACCAUAAAGCUUUCAAUAAUGAGAAUUGGGGCCCGAAGGAUAAGGCACACACCGCCUGCUGCAACAAUUCCAACACAUCCACAGCCAAGGGGAAUAAGGCUGCUUUGACAGCAACUCGCUCUAAGUGAAAUAUGCUCUGGGAAUUGAAAAGUCUCUUCAAAGUGUUUGUCUCUGGAUCUCUCCCCUACAUUCACCUUUGAAACUAGUCCCCUGGUACAUUCCCCAGAAGAGCAAGCAGCUGUUUUGUCUUUCAUCUAUGGGGGGCAUUGCUCCCCAUUGCCUUUGGCUUACAGGCAAUGGGCCCAAUUCAUCUCUUUACUGGAGUAACUCCCACUGAGCUAAGUGCAGUAACCCUUGAUUUUUGACCAUACACGUGAGAACAGGAGCUGCCCAGGGUGUAAGCUGGCAGAGAAUUUGGUGCAUAGCUGUACAAAGCAGGACGUCGGCCAUAAAGGGAAGGACUAAAUCUUGGAACAGCAAAUGAAUCAUUGGGGCCUGACUGGAUGUGCAGCUAACUGUCACUACAGCUCUGCUUCAGGAUUCCUAUCAAUGAGAGUGGCAGUAAGUUAUCGAUACAGUGGACGAGAGCUGCUAUGGUUUGGUACAGAGUAUAAACAUCAGUGUGGUUUACCAAGUGGCUUGGAUUGAGAGCACGAUAACUGAGAAGUAGCCAAGGACUGCAGAGCUUGCUAGCCUCCCCUUUUAAACAGCCUUGUUUUGUGAAGGGCCAGAUGGCUUGUGGGACCUGGUAGUGGGAUACGGAGCUUCUUAAAUUCUAGGCUGCUCCUACAAAUUCAGCCCAUGUCAGUAGCCAUGGAAAGCUAUUGUUGGCCAUCUAACAGCUGUUUGGUGAGUCUCUGCCCCAGUGACACACACUGCUAUUACAAUUUCUGGUAGUCUCUAAGGCAAGGCGCAGGUUUGAAUGCGCUACGGCAACUGGAUUCCCCUCUGGAACAGAGUGAAAGACACUAGCUGGGCUAUGUGUUGUGGGAAGCUUGUCUUGCUGUUGUCCCAGCGGGAGGGAAGAUGUUGGUCUCCAAAGGUCCCAAUCUGGUGCCUUUUUAUCAGCAUUAAAUUCACCCCAAAAUUAGGAAAAAUAAUCUAAGUUUGUGUUGGGAACUGUAGGCGCUCCCAGUUGUUUCAUAUUUGUAUGUCCCAACAUGCUUGUGAGUUAGUAAAUUGCAACCACACCUCUUUGUGUAUCGUUGCUUAGCUAUAUACAUGCACACUCUGGUCAAAGGUGAGAAGGAAACUGUGUAUUGCAUUCUCUGUUUUUUGCUUCAUGUGCUACGCUCUUUUUCGCCAGUUUCUGAAAAGUUUUAGGCCUGAUUUGCAUUGAAAGCAGAAGAUAUUCUGGAUGAAGCUGUGAAAGCUGACCUAUGGAGAUAAAUCAGUUCUUCUGCAGAAAGCUAGUCCGUGCUCUUCCAUUGGUUUUCCUCCUGUACUGUGUUGCUUUCCUUGGUAUUUUAUAAAUGAACUGCAGAUGCUGAUUCAGUUUUUCCAAAACCUGAAACUAAAACUUUUGUGCUAUCCUGAGGGAGGGUGUCUUUAGAACUGCCAAAUGCAUUUGUUGACAUGGAACAGUUUGUCGAAAUGGAGAUGCUGCCAUCCUUUCUAUGAGCACAUACUGAGGUGAGGUGGGGAGGGGUUAAAAUGGUUUGCCCUGAACUGGAGUCUGUCUGAUGUACGGUUAAGAUCCUGACAGUCUCUGCAUUUUUUUUAUUUUUUUAGUCCUGUUUGUACAUUGAAAGCUAGAAACUUACAUAAAGCUACUGUUUAGCUGAGGCUCUGAAAGCCUGUUGCAAAAGCAUCUCGUUUGCCUGCUAGUGUUCCUACAAAGUGAAGGGGCAUUAUUGGUCAGCAGACCAGGUUCCAGUCAGAGGAACAAGCACGCUUCUUUUAGAUUUGUGGAAAUGCAGAGUGCCUCCAUCUAACUCAGUGUAAAAUCCAGAAUAAUACUGAUGACAACACUGGAUUUACACUAGUUUAAGUGAGGGCAGAACCUGGCCUUGAAUUGGUGACAUUUCACACAACAGAGUAGGAAACACACCAUUUUGUUUGUUGCAAAAGGCACAUCUAUUUUUGCAAGCUUUUAGAAGAAGAUUUUAACUGCCAGUUACAACCUAAUCUCGAUCACUCACACAGCUGCAGAUCUGGCAUCUGACUCUAGAAGAGUUGCUCCAGGUAUACCCCGCUGAUAGAAAUCAAAUCUGGCCCUGUGACUUUUUAAAAAAAUCACUGUCAGGUUAAAUCAUAUUUUAAAACCUCACAACAUGAAUUUCUGUAUUGUUAGAUGAUUGUAACUGGAAAAAAAAAUUAAAAGUCAAGUUCACGUUUCACUAUUUAUGUAGUUUUGAUUACUUUGUAUGUUUCUCUCAGCUUUGACAGUGAAAAUAGGUCAUUUUCCCCUUUUGGUUUCUAGUCAGUUUCAGUUUUAUGUUCACUGCUACUAGCCAACACUGCAGUGUAUUGCAACCCAAAUACUGCAGGGGGAUGUAAUGUUUAUGUGGUGGUUUUUGUUUUUUAAUUGUUUCAAUUUUUUAAAUUUUAUUUUCUAUCUACAGGUGGAUAUUGGUUUUUAAAAGCUUAUUUUUAAACAAAACCUGAGUUUUGGAUCCCAAUUUAACCUGACAGGUCACUAUUAAAUGAAAAUCAUCCCCUCCCUACCAACCUCUCUGGUCCGUGGUAUCCGUGCAAAACCCUUUCUUACCAUGCUCUGCAUGUCUGUUUGUGCUGAGAAACACAAAGUAAGGACCAAUAUUCUGCAGUCUUUAAGCGAACCAAACUUCCCAUUGACAUUAACAAGCACCCCGCUCUUACUGGAGUCAAGGGCCAAGUGUGAGAUGCUCAUUUUAAGGCCCUGAUCCUGCCCCAUUGAAGUCAAUGGGAGUCUUGCCACUGGGAACAAGCUUUAGCACUAAAAGCCUGAAGCCACAAGAGGCAGGAGGGGCCUGAUUCUCUGUUGUCCUGCAUGUUGUGCACUCAUUUACAUGAAUGCAAAUAUUGCCAGAAUGGCAGUGACUUUACAUGCUUUAAAUAACUGCACAUGGUGCAGGAUGAUGGAGAAUGACAAGGACAUUUCUUCACACAUGAGUAGGAGGCAGCAAGGCACCUGUACUUGUGCAUUUAUUUAUCCUCAAGAGUUUCCCAAUGAGCAGAAGCAAUUGGGCAAAUCAAAUGGAAAAGAGAGAUCUGGAACAGUCUUAGGCAGAGACCAGAAUCCCUGUGGAUAAAAUAAUCCUGAAAAACAACUCUCUCAUUCAAUGCUGCAGAAGCCUGAUGGCUUUCUCUGCUCUGCUAAAUCCUCUCUUUGCUGAAAGAGUUCUGGAGAACUCUUUUACUUCCUGGCUGUUUUGGAGAACUGGGUCCUGGACCUCCAUCACUUGAGCGCCCCAAACUCCCAUGGAAGUUUGCGGUGUGCAAGAAAUGGAGGAUCUGUGGAUAUUUUUUUUUUUAAUUUUUUUUUUUAAGCUACAAGCAAAAAAAUGGCAGAAUGGGUAAGAAGGAGGGAUGCUUUGCUGAAUGAACUUACUCAGCUAUCAUACAUUUGGAAAAGAUCAACUGUUGGCAAAGAGGAAAAAAAAAAAAGCACAGGACUUAUCACAAGAAUCUGGCUCAGUUUUCCAAUAAUUUGAUUUUUAAAUAAGUAAGUUGAUGAUGUAAAAUUCUAGCUCCUACACAAACUAUGGAUUUCACAGCUGGCCUGUUGAAAACAAUCACUCUGAUAGAAUAGCUGGGCUAUUCUGAUGUUACCUAAAAAAAAUUUUUUUUUUUUUAAAGCAAGAAAUGCAUUGCAUAUGAAAAGGUAUCACGGCUAAAGAAACUGAGCACUGGGAAGCCAUAGCGAUAGCUGUUCGGUGGAUCCCUCUUACUAUAAAUCCAAAUACACUGAAAUGUAUUUAUCAUAAUCUCUGCUGUACUGAGACACUGUUGUAGAAAAUUUACAAUUAUAUUCUUCUGUGCAAAAGGAUUUUAUGGGGGUGGGGGAGUGUCUGUGGAACAGUUGUACAGAAAUAGCCUUCUUUCUCUUUUACACACCUUAACUUUUCCUACACAGUGUGUGUUUGUUUGAAAAUAAAAUAAAAGUUAAAGAUUUUUGUCUGA